AUGGCUGAUUACCUUCAACCCCCUAUCAUCUUUCCUCGUAAUAUACCCUACUCCUGGAUGGUACCGCUUGUUUAUUCGGCCGUGCGGGAUUAUAUCGACCAUUGCUAUCGGUUCUCUGAUCACAUCUUCCUUGCUUGUACCGACCUGGAGGACAGUGUUACGAGGGCUACUAACGCACUGUUUUCCGACAGCCUCAGCGUUGCUUUGCUGCACGCUAUCCGGAAGGCCGAGAGCAACCUGCUCCGACUUAUCCAAUUGUCGGUCAACGUUGACGAACUUGAAUCGGCUUGCUUCCACCUAGAGGCCUACAUUCAGGGGUUGGUCAACACUAAAGAGGAUGUGAUGACCCGUGCCAAAGAGGAUGGCGGCAAUAUUGAUGAGGUUGUCAAAGGGGCCCCAACUACCUCAGGUGGGCUGCAACGGACUAGGCUACAUGGACAUGCCCUAUUUAAGGAUAUCAGGGCCCAAGCAGAGUCUCAGAUUUACGCUAAUAUCAAUGCACGUGUAGAUGAGUUCCUUGGGUUGGCUUCCUACGAGGGCAUCCUACUUACGACCUCUACUGGUGGCAUGACGGAUUCGGCUGGGGACCAGACUGCGACCAUCUUGGAGACAGCAACACUUGGGGGACCAGCCGCUGCUGGCUCUAGAGCUAGAGCUGGAAACCCACUCAAGCCAGUUGUGCCAAGCGAGUAUAUUGUCGACAUGAUGGCCUGGCUGGCCACCACUUUUCGAGCAUUCACCAACCUUCCAGUUAAGGUGGCACAGACGGCCUGUCUGACUGCUUGCAAACACAUCGCAAGCUCGCUUCAAAACCAGAUUCUGGGGCCAAACGUUAAAGCAGUUUCUGAAUCAGCCCUACGGCAGAUCAGCAGUGAUCUGGCUGAAUGUGAAUCUUUUGCUCGAUCCAAACCAGUUCCGGAUGUGGACACGAGCAUGCUGAUACUUAUUUUUGCCGACCUUCGUAUGCUAAUUGACCUGGUGCUCCUAGAUGACUGGGCCGUCUUCCUUACUGGAUACUCUAACUCCAGAGGGUCCAUGCGCUGGCUUUUACGGCUUGUUGCUGGGGCUAGCUAUUUUCGUCGGCUAUUAGGCAGCGCUGUCAGUGUUAAACCUUAUUAA